UUUAAUUACGUGCGAGGUCGCAGUUAUUUUGUAAGUAUUUUUACCACUGCGAUCAAGUGCACUUACAUGAGACUAUAAAGAGGUCGUUGCGUGUGAGUAUAGUUACGUGUGAAACUACAAUUAGACAGGAUCGUCAAUAUGGCACCUCGACGUUCUACCAAGGCCCUACGAUCCGCACGGUUGGCCAAGCAACAAGCGCUACAGAAGAAGGACGAUGCAGAAGUGGUACAUGAACUCGCGUGUGAACAAGACACGCUUCAGAAAGACAUUCAUGCAGCUAAAGUGGAGCAACCCUCGGGAGGAGAACAGGUAUCAGAUCAGCAUGUGUCAGAUCAACAAGUAGUAGAGUGUCAAGAGGGUACAGUGAAUGCUCUUGAAGAAGCCGUAUUUGAUGUAGGUGUACCUAAUGUAAACACAGAGCACACUGAAAAAGUAGAUGAUGGUCGUGCGAGUGUGAUAGAUACAGUACCUGGUGUAGGGCAGACAGUAGUGAAGAAAGCGAAUCCGAACGAAGGACAAUUAACAAACGCGCCAGUCCCUGUCAAGACAGAUUUGGUAGCUCAUUCUGAUAACAUCAUGAAUGCCACAGAUAAGUUAGCCAAAUUGGGUAAGAAUAACGCGAGUAUCAUAAACAAUGUAAAUAUAGUAAGUGACAACGAUGGUGUACUGUUGCAGCGAAUAGAGAAAUUGGAGAAAUCUCUGGCUACAGCCAAGACUACCUUUGCCACACAGCUCGAAGCGCAUCGCAUUGAAACGGAGAAGAAGUUUGCGGCCAUGCAGAGUUGGAAUGAUGUGCUCGCACAGCAGAUCCAGGCAUUUAGUAAUAGUAGACGGUUCCACGGACACAAGAAGCAGAUGAAGGGGUGGCAGUAGAGUGUGUACGAUUUGGUUGUGCGUGAAUCAUUGAACAUAGUGCAAAUCCGAGUCUGCACGAAGCAGCCGACGGGUGGUUGUAUUGUGUGAGCUUGUUUGAAGAUGUGGAUCGUAACAAUUUAUGCAACGCUUGUAUGUGUUCCGAACUGAACCUUCGAAAAUUGAAGGAAUUCUGGAUACUUCAGUAAGUAGCUUUCAAUUACGAUAGGAACCACGUAUAUACGCUUCAGAGAUGUUUGGAUGUAUGCCGGCUAGCGCGUUUUGAUACAGGCAAUGUCUCGCGGUGCACAACCGUGAAGCAUCGAGUCAUACUCACUCGUACAUUGUGUAGUAUCAGUCAUAGGUGUCGCCUCUGACAGAAGUGAUCAUUAUGCCAUACCACAAGUUGUUCGCAGAAGAAAGUA